AUGGAAUCACCAUUUAUUUUAUCUUCGUGGUUAUCAACGAAAACUACCGAUUUGAAUUGGUCAGGAAAGUGGAAUAAAAGUAUUUCUCAUGGUCGCACUAUCCUUACCACACUUCAAGAAUGUGGUCUCUUACGAGAAGGGCAAUUUAUCAUGUAUUGUAAGACACCUUCUUUCGCUAAAUUAACACCCGCUGAAAUUCAAGAAGACCCUGACAAACUGAUCAGCCUUCAAUCUUUCGGAAUCACUCUCGAUGUAUAUACUGCAGCUUACAACAAAAUGGUACUUCCAUCUCGUAACAAACUUAGCUCAGAAGGCAUCGCAUAUAUCUGUCAAUCAAUAGAUUUCGUUCCUUAUUAUCAUCUUUAUCACCAAAAGGACAUAAUAGAUGAAUUCGAUAAAUUGGUCAAAAAUGGCACUAUAACACGGCAGCUUAAUGAUGAUGGUAUUACUAGUUAUGUCGUCACAUCAAGUCCAGUUGUUAAUGACAUAACAACGUCUGAAUCAUAUAUUCAAUUAUCCGACGAUGAAAAUAAUGAAAAUCUGCCAGCUGUAGCAGGCCCCAAUCAAGACUGCCAUGGAACGAGAAUGAAACGGAAAAGCGUUUCCGAUGAUAUCAAUAGCAAGAGAUUAAAAGCUGGUAAUUAUUUGCGUAGUCAUGGCUUUGUGUUGUUUCAUUAA